AUGGUGAGACCAUCGGCGAGAAGAGACGGCGACCGCAACGACGUUGGCGGGCGUUACAAGGGCGUGAGGAUGAGAAAGUGGGGGAGCUGGGUGGCGGAGGUUCGGCAGCCAAACAGCAGAGACAGAAUCUGGCUAGGAUCGUACGGAAAGCCGGAGGAGGCCGCCAGAGCAUACGACGCCGCCGUGCUUUGCUUGCGUGGCUCGUCUGCAAUUCUCAAUUUUCCUUCAACCCCACCGGAUAUUCCCAACGCUGCUGAUCUAUCGCCGCCAGAAAUUCAGGUCGCUGCGUCUAAACACGCUCGCAAGGCGCCGGAGGAGUGUGAAGGACCAGAGUUGAAAACGCCGGUCCAGCCUGAGCAAUCGGCGGCAGGUCCAGUUCCAAAUGAGUUGAAGUUUUCGAUGCUUUUUGGGGAAUCAUCAGACAUGCAUGGAUAUUCAGAAUGGACCUUUUAAAGAUUUUACUUAUCUAAAUAAAUCAUCUGUUGCAGGAAA